AAUAGUAGAUUCGAAGCAAUUGUUGCAUUAGCCAUUUAGCCUACCCAUUUCCUCUUUCUUUCUCUUUUAUCUGUGAACAAGACACAAGAAGUUUUAGAAGAAGAAAGAACUCUUCUUUCAACUUUUAGGUGUAUAUAGAUUGAUCUAGAAAUAGUUUUAGCUGGAAAUUAAUUGAAGAGAGAGAUAUUAUUACACAAAUCUUCUCAAGAGGUCCUAACGAAUUACCCACAAUCCAGGAAACCCUUAUUGAAAUUCAAUUCAAUUUUUUUUUUUUUUUGCUUUCUGUGUAGUGAUUUUCCCGGGAAUUUUUUUGGGUAUAUCUCUCUCUCUGUUUUUGCUUUCCUUUUUGAGAGGAGUCAUGUGUCUCUUGUCUUCCUAGCUUCUAAUAAAGUCUCUUCUCUUCAAUUUCUGUAGAAAUCUGUCGAAUUUUCAUUUUUGUUCCAUUGGAGCUAUCUUUUAUAGAUCCCAACCAUCUUUACCUCAGAGAGAGAAAAAAAGAUCAAAGCUUUACCUAAUUUCUGAGUCAAGAGUUAAGUUUUUCCAUUAAUGGAGGAAGUAUCUCCGGCGAUCGCAGGUCCUCUCAGGCCAUUCUCCGAAACCCAGAUGGAUUUCACAGGGAUCAGAUUGAGUAAAGGUUACUGCAAUAAUAACCAAUACUCAACUCAAGAUUCCGAGAACGGAGAUCUAAUGGUUUCGUUACCGGAGAGUUCAUGCUCUGUUUCUGGGUCACAACAUGGUUCUGAAUCUAGGAAAGUUUUGAUUUCUCGGAUCAAUUCUCCUAAUUUAAACAUGAAGGAAUCAGCAGCUGCUGAUAUAGUCGUUGAUAUCUCCGCCGGAGAUGAGAUCAACGGCUCAGAUGUUCCUAGCGAGAAGAAGAUGAUCAGCAGAACAGAGAGUAGGAGUCUGUUCGAAUUCAAGAGUGUGCCUUUGUAUGGAUUUACUUCGAUUUGUGGAAGAAGACCUGAGAUGGAAGAUGCUGUUUCGACAAUUCCAAGAUUCCUUCAAUCUUCCUCUGGUUUGAUGUCAGAUGGUCGGUUUGAUCCUCAAUCAACCGCUCAUUUCUUCGGUGUUUACGACGGCCAUGGCGGUUCUCAGGUAGCCAACUAUUGUAGAGAGAGGAUGCAUUUGGCUUUAGCGGAGGAGAUAGCUAAGGAGAAACCGAUGCUCUGCGACGGUGACACGUGGCUGGAGAAGUGGAAGAAAGCUCUUUUCAACUCGUUCCUGAGAGUUGACUCUGAGAUCGAGUCUGUCGCGCCGGAGACGGUUGGGUCAACGUCGGUGGUUGCUGUUGUUUUCCCGACUCACAUCUUCGUCGCUAACUGCGGUGACUCCAGAGCUGUUCUUUGCCGCGGCAAAACUGCACUCCCGUUAUCCGUUGACCACAAACCGGAUAGAGAAGAUGAGGCGGCGAGGAUUGAAGCCGCAGGAGGGAAAGUGAUCCAGUGGAAUGGAGCUCGUGUUUUCGGUGUUCUCGCCAUGUCGAGAUCCAUUGGCGAUAGAUACUUGAAACCAUCCAUCAUUCCUGAUCCGGAAGUGACGGCUGUGAAGAGAGUUAAAGAAGACGAUUGUCUGAUUCUUGCGAGUGAUGGGGUUUGGGAUGUAAUGACGGAUGAAGAAGCGUGUGAGAUGGCGAGGAAGCGGAUUCUCUUGUGGCACAAGAAGAAUGCAGUGGCUGGGGAUGCAUCGUUGCUCGCAGAUGAGCGGAGAAAGGAAGGGAAAGAUCCCGCAGCGAUGUCUGCGGCUGAGUAUUUGUCAAAGCUGGCAAUACAGAGAGGAAGCAAAGACAACAUAAGUGUGGUGGUGGUUGAUUUGAAGCCUCGGAGGAAACUCAAGAGCAGACCCUUGAACUGAGGCAGAGAGGGUCCUUUUUCUUAAUUUUUAAAUGAAUAUGGGUCUCUCCAAGAAAAAAGUAUUUACUAUUAUUACUUUGUGCUUAUUAUUUUUUGUAACUAACAAGUUAAUAACCAUAUGAGAAAUGUAGCUUGAUGUGUUAAGCUCUUUUGUCUUGACGACGUUCUAAAAAGCCUCUUGUAUUUUCUUCCCGGGCUAAUUGUAAUAUGGUUACAACAACAUACAUUAAGAUGUAGUAUUAUUGUUUACGCAAAUACUUAUCAAAA